AAUGAAUAAUCCAUACUAACCAUAUCGACCUUACUCUAGAUUAGGGAAUACUCCUCCAUAGAAUCCAAAUAUACUCUCUUAUGUUGAUUCUGUAUUAUAGAAAUCAAGAAAUACAUAUGGACAUCGACCAUCAGAUCCUUAGACAAGAUAUCCAUAAUCAAAUACUAAUACAGGCAUCAUAAAAACAGAUACAGAUGUUAAGAACUUAGUUAGUUCUCCUUUACUUGUUUCUCAAAAAUCAAUGGUGCAACAAUAGACAUUAAAAAGCAAACUUGAAUAUUUAACUCCAAAAAAAUGUGAACAAAUUACAUUUCCAAUUGAAUAGAGCCAAAACAUGAGUGUUAUAAGUAAUAACAACAAAAUCGAUAGUCAAAAUGUAUGGAUAUUAGUAAAUUUAUAAAGGUAUAAGUAAACUCUGAGUUAGAGAAAGAUUAGAUGCCAAAAUAUAAGAAUUUUAAGAUAAUCAAGAGAUUAGGUGUGGGUAAGUAUAGUGAAGUGUUUUUGGCAAUUUAGAUAUAGACAGGAUUCUUGGUUGCAUUAAAAGUCAUACAGAAAGCAUUAAUAAUCAAAGAGAUGAUGUAAGGUUAAUUGGCUUGGGAAAUCAAAAUCUAAUAUCUUUUAGAACAUCCCAAUAUCACAAGAUUGUAUACUUUCUUUUAAACUUGUAAGAUUAAUAAAAUACCUGCUUAGAAACUGAAAUCGUUUUAGUAUUAGAAUAUUGUUCUCAUGGACAAUUGAAUACUGUUUAAUAGACUAAAUAAAAUAAGAAAUUCACUGAAAAAGAGGCAGCUUAAUUAGUUUAAUAGAUUACUUUUGCAUUAAUGUACAUUCAUAAUUAGGAUGUCAUCCAUAGAGAUAUUAAACCAGACAAUAUCUUAUUGAGUUUUGGAUAAGUCAAAUUAGCAGACUUCUCAUUUUGUGUAUAUUCACCAGAUGAAUACAGAUAAACCUAAUGUGGGACAUUGAUAUAUGCAUCUCCUGAAAUCUUAGAGGGUGAUAUGUAUGAUAAAAAGAUAGAUAUAUGGGGUUUAGGAGUAUUAACUUAUGAACUUUGUUUUGGCAAGCCUCCAUGGAAAGAGAAUCAAUAAGAAUUGAUGAAAACAGUAUCAAUAUCUUUAAUAUAGGCAUGCUUUAUGAUACCAUACACAGCAUCUAGAGAUCUCAGGGAUUUUAUUGAAAAUCUUGUUAAACGAUUAUCUCGAGAGAGAUAUACAGCAUAACAGGCCUAUAAUCAUGCAUGGUUGUAGAGAAGUAUGUAAGUGCUUCCAUUUUAUAUUUCAACUAAUGAAGUUUUAUUUAAUUGA